AUGACCUCCACUGGCGCCUCGUUCUUGGUGUACACUUUUGCAACCACCGAGCUGUUUGACCCCACAACAGGCGUUUUCCCAAUAACGUCCGUCACUGUGGGUGCCCGAAUGAACACGCACUUGAACGAGCCAAUCCCUGCUGCGGGAAAACUCAGUUCUUGGUCAAACGAGUCGACCUGUCUGCCAAACGAGUUCCGUUCAAUAGAAACGUCUAGUCCGCCAAUAAGCUCGUAUUUUCUGUCUCCCAGCUGCACUUUGGUGUUGGUCACAUGGUUGGCUAUCAGAAUGAGACCCGCACAGGUUCCCCAGACCCCAAUUGUCCCGGACUGGAUCAGUCUUGCAAGCGGUUCCAACAGUUUGGUCUGCUGUAACAGCAGCGAAAUAGUUGUGGACUCGCCGCCGACAAGGAUUAUCCCCGCCAGACCGUCCAGAUCUUUUGGCUCGCGCACUUUGCGGCUGGAAAAACGGUACUUGGAGUAUUCGGGAGCAGAAUUUAGUUGCACAAACAAUUCGUCCAGAUGGCCCAGGUGUUCUCUGAAAGAGCCCUGGAGCGAUAGCACGCCAACAACGACGUGUCUCUGA